GCGAAGAGUCUGAAGUAAAAGAGGGACUUAGGCGGCCCGCGGAACCGGAAAUGUAAUCCUGCAGACUCCAUACUUGGGGCGGAAGCAGGCCGGAGGCAAGGCAUCGCGGGAACGUGUUCCUUUCGAAGAUGAAGCCGUCCAAAGUGAAGAAGCUCCGCCCAGGCAAAGAAAAAGUUUGUGAGAGAGAUACUGUUGCUGUAUCAAAUGAAGAGUAUAUCGUAGGACAAGUGGCCAACAGUCUGUUACAAAAAAACCCUGCAGUGUGUGGCACAGAUCCCUUGGUACAACUUUUCAGUGCUCCAAGGACAGAAAAGCAGCCAAUGUACAUUUCUGUACCAAGAGAGAAUAAGAAACGCAAGAAUACAGAAGAGGAUGUUGUCAUAGAAAUUCAGAACUCUGUUGGAAGAGCACCUUUGAAAAAAAUGAAGAAUGCUAAAAACAAAAUACUCUAUCCAUCAAAGGCAAUAUUAGCUAGCAGGGAGUAUGCUUUGGAACAAACAGAUGAAGACGAGAUGAAAAGAGAGAAACAAAUCAAACAAAAGUUGACUUCUCAGCAUCUCUCAGCUUCAGACGCUGAUGCUGGAAUUAAACAGAAGAAAAUGCAAAUCAAUGUGGCUAAGGAAAUGCUGAAGAAUAAGAGGACUGUCUUUGUGGGAAAUUUACCUAUUAGUUGUACAACACAGAUGCUGAAGGCAUUUUUCAAAGAAUAUGGACAGAUUGAAUCAGUGCGCUUCCGCUGUUUGAUUCCAGCAGAAGAUACAUUGUCCAAAAAACUGGCAGCCAUAAAACGAAAGGUGCAUCCUGAUAGGAAGUACAUCAAUGCUUAUGUUGUCUUCAAGGAAGAAUGUGCAGCUGUUAAUGCAUUAAGACGUAAUGGAACUGAAUUUGCUAAUGGAUUCCACAUCAGAGUUGACCUUGCUUCUGAAUCCACAUCUCAUGACAAUAAGAGGUCUAUAUUUGUGGGAAAUCUCCCCUAUGACGUUGAUGAUGAUACGGUGAGGCACCAUUUCUCUGAGUGUGGAACGGUAAAGGGUGUGCGCAUUGUAAGAGACCGGAACACUGGCAUUGGCAAAGGAUUUGGUUAUGUUCUGUUUGAGGAUACAGAUGCUGUGCACCUUGCUCUGAAGCUAAACAACUCUGAGCUAAAAGGAAGAAAGCUCAGAGUGAAACGCUGUAUUGAAAGAGAAAAAGCACAACAGAAAAUAUCAGGAAAGAAUGUAAAGAACUUGGUCAGCUUUAAAAAUAAAAAAGCUGCCUCACGGAACAAUGCAAAAAGGAGUUCCAGUGAUACUUUUGUUGGUGAAAAAGCUGCUCCAGUGAAAAAGAGCAAAAAACCAAGAUCAACUAACAUUGCAAAGAAAAAGUGUAAAAAGCACAAAUGAAAUUAUUAUACUGCCAAAGUGUGUAUUUUUAAUAAAAUUCAUUUUGUAGGCAUUCUGUUGAAAUUCUUACAUACUUUCUCAGUUGUAAUUUCGAGGCUUGGAUGGAUUGGUACAUGUGACUACAGUAUGGAUUGUAGUUAAAUUAAGAGAGCUCAACAAGAGUUAGUAACCACAAAAAUGUUACUAGCCCAUUUUCCCUAUAUAUCUGUUAGUAAUUUAUUUUUCCUUUAGGACCACAGACAAUUUUCAGUUCCUGCAAAUUCUUCCCGGCUUAGGUCUGUCUAGGAGAUCUGCUAACCACAAGUAAUCUGCUUUGUAUAAGGCUUGUUCCUGCUAAUUAAAAAUAUUGUUUCAUCUUU